UGUACAUAUCUGUCACUCAUAUCCCCAUUUGAUAACAAUCUACAUUGUUAUCAAUUAUAGUACAUAGGUAUAUAAGUAUUGCAGAUGUAACUGUAAUCAGUUGUAGAUUUGGCUUUCGUAUGCUCUUGGAUGCGGUUAUCAGCUUAACAAAUCGCUAUAUAUUAUAUAUAAACACUUAGCUGAGGCGCAAGCAGUGAGUACACUGAGCUGAGUGUACUGAAUUGUCCGAUUUAAAGUUUUCAACACUCUGUGUUUGCACUUUAGUGUUUCAAUAAGAAGCGGUCUCCUCUUAUUACAGACUGAGUGUGCAGUCAUUAGUCGCGAUAUAAACGUCGAAGCGGUCGGACUCAUAUGUGCUCUGAGACUCGUAUUUCGAACCCCGUAUCGGCAACGGCUCACGUGUGACGAUAAAGAAAUUUUCGCUUAAGUUGCAAAGUUUUGCCCGCGUUAUUCUGUAUUGAGGGCUUUAAACUCAACACUUUAUGAAUACGCGAAUAAAUAUUGAUGUAAAAAAGUUAAAACUCGAUUUUUGCAUAUUUGAUUAAUUAAACAUUUCGGCUUUGGCCUAUUAGCACAAUUCCAACAAUAAUCGCUGGGCACUUUGAAAAUUUGUGUAAUAGAGAACGCGCCAAAAAUGAAGGGUUCUACUGGUAUUCACAGUAUACCACGAUAUACGAAAUCAUUAAUUUUUGUGUUAUCAAUAACAGCAGCUUUACUCACACAAACAAUCGCAGAUGAACGAUUCACGCGAAGCUCUAACCGAAGCGGGUUAACGGUAUCCACACAUGAUCUCACAAUUAUAGUAAAUAACAUAAAAACAUUUGAUGUUUUACUCAGUGAACCAUUGGCACAAGACGUCUUUAUCCAAUUGGUAAAACAACAUGAGACUUUAGUAGAAUUGGACCCUAACUAUUUCACAAUCAGUGCGUCGAAUCCACAAAAUAGAACCGUUAGCGUGCGGGGUCUCCAACUUGGGCACCUAGAUGUUACCGCCACGAGUGUACCGGACGAGUCAUGGAUUGUUGACGAUUUAUUUAUACGCAUUACUGUUGCAAAGUCGGAGCCUAUUAUUUACACCUCAAUUGUGUUCGGUUGGAUUUAUUUUCUGGCCUGGUCCAUUUCGUUCUAUCCGCAGAUUUUCAUUAAUUUUAAGCGAAAAUCUGUAGUUGGACUCAACUUUGACUUUCUCGCGCUCAACGUUGUUGGUUUUGCACUGUAUAGUGUUUACAAUUGUGGCCUUUAUUGGGUAUCCAGCAUACAGGAGGAAUAUGCCAGUCGACAUCCACGUGGUAUAAAUCCAGUUUUAUUGAAUGAUGUAGUAUUCGGUUUACAUGCGGUGUUUGCGACAGUCAUCGCAAUUAUUCAGUGUGUUUUAUAUGAGCGCGCCGAUCAAAGAAUCUCCAGAAUCGCUUCAUGUAUAUUAGGCGCAAUCGCUAUAAUUGUUUUGGUUACAUUAAUUCUAGCCGUUACUGGUGUUGUGUAUUGGCUGGAUUUUCUAUACUACUGCAGUUACAUUAAACUGGCGAUGAUCAUCAAAUACGUGCCUCAGGCGCUGAUGAACUAUCGCCGCAAAAGCACUACUGGCUGGAGUAUUGGUAAUAUCCUAUUGGAUCUCACUGGUGGUUUGCUCAGCAUGUUGCAGAUGAUCUUGAACGCAUACAAUUAUAAUGAUUGGGUGUCAAUUUUUGGUUCUGUGACGAAAUUUGGCAUGGGUCUAUUCACUGUGCUCUUCGAUAUAUUGUUUAUUCUACAACACUAUGUAUUUUACAGGCACUCCCAACAGCUUUCCAUCUCUACGAUUACUAACGCCACAGAAGUGGUUACUGACAAAGCUGACGAGCAACCGCGCUAUUAGUUUUACUUAUUUAUGUUUUAUUAUUAUUUUUUAGGUUUUGUGUUUAAUAUUUAUUUUGUUAAUGCUUGUUAAACACUCAUGUGUAUAUGUGUAUACUCACACACUUUUCUUGUACUUAAGAUGUAAGUAUGUAAUAUAAUUUAAAUUAUUACGAAUAAAAGUAUACAAUUGAGUACUUUUAAGGACACCCCAAAA